AUGCAGAGCUUCAGGACAAAACUCGGUGGCAUCCGGCACAGAGACGUAGAGAAAGGAAUCACGUCUCUCGAUCCGCAAUAUCUCGUCAAAUGGGCUCCGAACGACCCCUUGAACCCCCAGAAUUGGGCUGUUCGAUAUAAAUGGUGGGUAACGUUCCAGCUGGGCAUGCUGGCCUUGGUCGGUAGUCUCGGCUCAAGCAUUACAACGCCUGCCGACGACGCCAUUGCGAGCUAUAUUGAUGUCAGCGGUGAGCUGGCCGUUCUCAACCUCUCGCUAUACGUCCUUGGUUUUGUCCUUGGUCCUAUCGUCUGGGCUCCCAUCUCCGAGAUCUGGGGUCGUAGGGUCAGCAUCUUGCCCGCCGUGUUCUUGCAAGCUAUUCUCUGUAUCGCUACGGGAGUCAGUAGAAACGCAGCCUCGAUUUUCGUCACUCGAUUCUUUGCUGGCUUCUUCGGCUCCGCCCCAAUCAGCAAUGUCACGGCUGCUCUCGGUGAUAUGUGGAGUAAAGAAACCCGGGGAACGGCGGUGAGUUUGUACGCAGUAGCUGUGAAUGGUGGUCCGGCCUUGGGUCCUAUCAUUGGCGCAGCACUUGUAACGAAUCCCCAUCUGGGCUGGCGAUGGACCGCGUACAUACAGGCAAUCUGGGGCUUUGUCAUCUUCACCUUGACCUUCUUCUGUCUACCGGAGGUGUACCCGUUGGUUCUGCUCAAACGCAAAGCACAAAAUAUGCGGGAGGAGACAAACGACCCUCGUUACUAUCAUCCCCAUGAGCAUAUACAACUCGACUUUCACUCUAUUCUCACAAAACAACUGGCUCGGCCGCUGAAAAUGUUGCUUACCGAGCCCAUAGUCACCUGUGUUGCUUUCUACGCGGCAUUUGUCUACGGAGUCAUGUAUCUGACUCUUGAGCUCUUCCCUAUCGUGUUCAGAGAAGCUCGCGGUUGGAGUCCCGUAGUUAGUUCUCUGCCCUUCUUGGGCCUUUUGAUUGGUGUCAUAUCCUCAGUUGGAAUCAAUAUCUGGAACCAGCAUCGAUACAACCGCAUUUCACAAGCUGCAAAUGGGAUAGCCGUUCCGGAGGCACGACUUCCACCUAUGGCGUUCGGCGCGGUUGUUAUGGUGGCAGGUCUUUUUUGGUUUGGCUGGACCGGUGAUCCUCCUCAUCAUUGGGUCUUGCCUUGUCUGGCGGCUGUUUUCAUUGGUGUUGGUUUCAACUGCAUCUUUCAGCAGUGUCUCAAUUUUCUCAUUGAUGUGUACAAGAUCUACGCGGCUAGUGCAACGGCCGCAGUCACUUUUCUUCGAAGCCUCAUGGCUGCCGGUCUUCCACUGGCUGCAAAGCCGAUGGUUAGGACACUGGGUCUUGGACCGGCUGUCUCGAUCAUCGGUGGUGUGGCUGCAAUUCUGCUUCCUGUCCCGUUUCUAUUCAUGAAAUAUGGACCUAACUUGCGAAAGCUUUCAAAGCUCGUGCCGGAUGGCUUUUGA